AUGGACGCCUCCUCCCUCCGCAUCUCCAAGUUCGAUGGAACUAACUUCCACGCCUGGAAGUUCAAGAUGCAGAUGGUGCUGGAGGAACGGGACCUAUGGGAGGUCGUCAGCGGUGAGAUCAAGGCGGAACAGUGCGAGACUCAGUUGGACCAAGCGACGUACAAGAGGAAGUCAAGAAAGGCGAUGGCAGUGAUCUGUCUAGCCAUGGAAGAUUCCCAGCUACCGUUGGUCCGGUCGGCAAGUGGUGCAUGCGACGCAUGGUCAAGGUUGGAAGACCACUUCGAGAAGAAGAGUCUUGCCAACAAGCUGUUCUUGCGCCGUCGCUUCUUCACGACAAUGAUGGAAGAAGGCGACGAUGUGCUCGAACACAUCAACAAGCUCAAGACGCUGGCGGAACAGCUAGAAGCGGUGGGGGCUCCAGUCUGCGAGGACGAUCUGGUGAUCACACUCCUCGGCAGCCUGAGUGACUCGUAUCAAUUCUUGAUCACAGCUUUGGAGUCGCGCUCAGACACUCUUAGCUGGGAGCUCGUGACGUCUCGACUGCUUCAUGAAGAAAUGAAGCGGAAGGAGCAAGGAAGUAAAGGUGAUGAAGCUUCGCAAGGUCAAGCGUUCAUCACAAGGGACAAUCAGCGCAAAGGGCGACCAGUGAAGAAGUCCUGGCCGUGCCACAAUUGCGGAAAGAUUGGUCACUGGAUGGCGGAGUGCCCCUCGCGCAUCCAAGAAAACACGGAGAGACACCGGCCACAGCGUGCUCAAGACAGCGGCGACCGCUAUCGAUCACAACGUGCAAACGUCGCUCAAGAAGAAGACUCGGGCGACUACCUCUUUUCGAUCGGUGAAACGACAUCUGCGAAAUCGAGCGACAUCUGGCUGGUCGACUCCGGGGCGACGCAGCACAUGACGUGCUCCAAGAAGUUCAUGCGGAACUACAAGGGGUUUGACGCUGUGGAUGUCCAUCUCGCGGAUGAUGGAAUCGUCCAAGCAAUCGGCAGUGGGGACAUUGUCAUGUCGAUGAAGACACCCCAAGGGAUGAAGAAAGGUGUGCUCACAAACGUGUGGCACAUCCCAAAGUUAUCCAGAAACCUGUUCUCGGUCGGCCGCUUCACCAAGGAUGUCGGCCCAGUGACGUUCACGAAGGAUGGGUGCUAUGGAGAAGCGAAAGGGACCAAGUGGAAAAUUGGUGCCCGUGAAGGUAAAGGACUGUUCAAGCUGCAAAUGACUCCAGUGGCGCCGGAACAAGCAAAUGCAGCCAAGUCGUCGGGAUGUCAAGGGGGCACCAAGUCGUACCUCUGGCACCUUCGGCUUGGCCACAUAGGUCACGAUGGACUCAAUUGCAUCGUGACGAAGAACAUUGGAAUUGGCAUCGACAUAUCUUCGGUGAAGAAGUGGGACGUGUGUGAAGGUUGUGCUCUGGGAAAACAGACUCGAGUGCGCUUCCAAUCAAACACUACAGCUCGCACCUCCAAACUCCUCGAAGUGAUUCACAGCGACGUAUGCGGACCGAUGUCGAUGGCAACUUUCAGUGGAAAACGGUACUUCGUGACAUUCAUUGAUGACAAGUCAAGAUACUGUGUCGUCUAUCUGCUCAAGAGCAAAUCUGAAGUUGCGGCGAAGUUCAUGGAAUACGCUGCGAUGGCCGAAACGCAAACCGGAAAGCGCGUGAAGUACCUUCAAAGCGACAAUGGGGGUGAAUACAAGUCCGACAAGCUGGCACGAUUCUGCGCGGAACGGGGAAUACAACAAAGGUUCACACCCCCAUAUACUCCUCAGCUAAACGGAGUAGCUGAGAGAAUGAAUCGCACGCUGGUCGAGUGUGCGCGUUGCAUGAUGGAACACGCUGGACUGGGAAAGAGCUACUGGGGUGAAGCAGUGAUGACGGCGAUGUUUCUUCGAAACCGCUGUCCAACACGUGCCAUUCACCAAGACAAGUCUCCAUAUCAAGUGUGGACGAUGAAGAAACCGAUUCUGGCCAACCUUAAAGUGUUUGGAUGCCACGCGUAUGUUCAAGUGCCUCAAGACAAACGCGCGAAGUUCGACUCCAAGUCAUCACUCUGUCGUUUCCUGGGAUACGCCGAACACCAGAAGUCAUAUCGAUUUGAGGAAGUGUCAACAGGAGCGAUCAAGAUCAGUCGCGAUGCCACAUUCAUGGAAGACAAGUUUGAUGAAGGUCCGCGCAACUACAACGAUGAGUCAAGUGUCGUUGAGUUUGAUGAUCAUGAUGAGGACGAAGAAAAAGAAGAAGGUAAAACUGACGACGAAAUGGACUCGAGCGACGAUGACAACGAAGACACCAGGUCUUCGAAGAGCAACAUCAAGAGACACACGCGCACUCAAUCACUUGAGAAAGCUACCGUCAUUCCAAGUCCCAAGCGAAGAACAUACAGAGGUCCGUCGCUUGAGCAUGUGUCAGCGGCUGCAAUGGAUUUUGAAGCAGCCUACAUCGUUGAUUCAGUGGGGAAACGCCGACUACAUUCAAGUCGGCGAUGGAAUCAAGCGACUCCGGCAAGUGGAAAGAAGCGUGUGACUCGGAGUUCGAUUCGCUUCAGAGAAACGACACGUGGGAAAUCGUGCCUCUUCCGAAAGGUCGCAAGGCCAUCGGGUGCCGAUGGGUUUUUCGUGUAA